UCCACUUUUGCUGCUGCCGGCCGGUUGGCAUGCGAGCAGGAAGAUGCACAGGUGCCUCGUGAACUGUGUCGGUUUGUGGGUCAACUCAACGCGAAUCGUCUCAAUUGCAACCCGAUUGGGAAGAAACGAAAGUCAACUAAGUCUGUAGUAAACAAUAAACCGAUGAUCGAGUCAAGGCCCGAUGGCAAUCACGAGGCCGAAAAGGAGGUGUGUCGUGUCGAGAACAGCUGA